AUGCGUACGGUGUGCAGGCUCGGCCGUGAGGUUCUUGAUAUUGCCGCUGCGGCGAUUCGACCAGGCAUCACCACCGACGAAAUCGACGCGAUCGUUCACGAAGAGACCAUUAAGCGAGGUGCAUACCCAAGCACACUUAACUAUAGAGAAUUUCCGAAAAGCCUAUGUACCUCUGUGAAUGAGGUUAUUUGCCAUGGAAUACCUGACCAGCGUAAAUUGGAGGAUGGUGACAUAAUCAAUCUUGACAUUUCGUUGUAUUAUAAAGGUUUUCAUGCAGAUUUAAACGAAACGUAUCCAGUCGGUCAAAUAUCUGAAGAAUCUACGAAGCUGAUUCGGACGACGAGACAGUGUCUUGACGCUGCUAUUGCGAUAUGUAAACCAGGAACACUGUUCCGAGAUUUGGGCAAGGUUAUUGAGCCUAUAGCUCGAGCCCAAGGGUGCAGUGUUGUGCGGAGCUAUACAGGGCACGGGAUUCAUCAUCUAUUCCACGGGGCCCCUAAUAAUAUCGCCCAUUACGCCAAGAAUAAAGUGGCUGGGAUCAUGAAGCCCGGCAUGUGUUUCACAAUCGAACCUAUGAUCAACCUUGGUCCGUCUUGGGAUGUUGACCACUGGCCCGAUGGCUGGACAGCUGUCACAGUCGAUGGUAAAAGAAGCGCACAAUUCGAAGAGACACUACUAAUCACGGAAACCGGAGCAGAAGUGCUUACCGCGGGAAAGCCUCGUGAGGAUUAA